AUGGAGAAAAGAUCUAGCGCUCCAAUCAAGCGUCGCGCUCAGGAGCCAGAGGAUAUGAUUGGACCCUGUUCGUCUUCGUCCGUUACCAGUCAGGAUCAGAGUUUACAGAACCCAUUCAAAAGACCUCUCCCGCCACCUCAACAGAGCCAGGAUGAACCGAUAGAUCUAAGUCUUAGCGUUGAAGAACGACAAAGACGAUCACGUUUCUGGGCAUUUGUUGAACGAAAGCAACAAAGAGGUGAAGUUGUACUGAUGAGCCUGAUACUGCUCCUUUUUCUUUGCUCCACAGGAGCUACUCUGAACGGCUUUGAAAUCUCUUUGGAUGCUAAUGCCUUGCCAUCAGUUGUACGACCUGCCGAGGAUCAGACUCAGAAUCUACAGCCAGUGCUCUAUAACGCAGUACCAGUACUGGAUUCAUCAGGUGAUCGCUACACAACUCUCAGGGUUGUGGUUCCUGUGGAGCCGAAAUCAUCACCAGCCAUCAGCGAUAGACCAACUAAUGGUUUCUGGCCGAAUCCGCAGGCGGUUCGAAUGUUUCUUGGAAGGAACCCGAACCAACAUCAGCCAGACACAGGGUCAAUCGCGGCAAAAGGUCCACCCAUUCCAUCGAUACUCAUUCAUCAAGCGAUCUAUCCCCCUGUCGAUGAGGCUAUUACCUAUCCUGUUACUCCAGAAGGAACAUGGGAUAUCUACCCGGGUCAUGAAAGUGUUCCUACUUUGAAUCCCAUUGUCAUUGAGGGUGUUCCUACUCCGGGCCCCGUUGUUAUUCAACCAACUCUAAAACCUGAAAUUCCCCUACAACCGACUCUGAAGCCUGAAAUUCCCCUAAGCGUGCUCGUACACUUGAUUAGUGGGGGUAUGGGGGAAGGUAGCGGUGAGGACGUCUACGAGACAUCAACGCCCAGGACAAGUGACGAGAUAUUGCCGUCAUUCCUGAUUGGAGUUCCGGACGAUGUCGUCCAAGACUAUUUCAAGAUCAAAAACAAUCAAGAGCUGACCAAGGGUGAGGUGAAGACGUCUCUCGAGCAACUGAAACUGAAGCUUCCACCUGACUCACGGAAGAAUUUUGAAAAUCUCCAGCUCGAAAACGAGCAGUUUUUGGCGAUGGAGCGCAGUCGCCAAGCUGAACGUAUCGCCUCGAUGGGUGAAAUGGCAAAGCAAGUCGCUGAACAGAUUCAAGUUGGUUUAGAGCGGAUUUGA